CGCCAGUACUAUCGCUGCACUCGUUGAAACCGGUCCCUAUUACUGCCGAGUACAUACGACGGUCAGAUCUGCUUUAGAGAUUAGUCGCAAUUAAAACUCGCCCAUAAUUACACACGCUGACGACAGUAAUGGAACACUACUUGCGGUUCUAUAUCAAAUUUCAUAGUUAUAUCAUUGCGAUCGCCACCAUACUGGGCUCGGUGUUCAUGGCCGUGGUUCUGUACCAGACAACCGAGUUUCACUACCCGCUGGAAGAAUUUUAUGAUUACCGAUUCAUGGGAAGCACUGGUAUACUCUUUGGAGUCAUUUGGUUUGCCGUGGGGGUAUCGCUAUUCUACGGAAUAUUCAAGGAAGUCAAAAAAUGCCUCUAUCCUUUCGUGGUGAUGUUCAUGUUCGAGCUGUUCCUGGUGAUUCUUCGGGACAUCGUGAUGAUCUGGCAAAACCAACGGUGGUACAACAUAGUGUUUGUAAAUCCCGCGGCUGUAAUUUGUGCUCUCUAUAUAACCCUGCACAUAAUGAUGACCUUCGUGGCCAUGGGUAAGCUAAUCGAACAUGAACCGUUAGCCCAAGCGGGGACGAACUUUGUGCGGUUCAAUACGGGAAGUGGACGAGAUCAGCGGCCCAGUGUGGUCGGCGAUGAGGAAGUACUGGUCACCGAAUAGAGAGGGAUGCGAGUGGAUGAGAGUUUUAUUUUGUACCAAGGCGUCGCCGGCAUAUCAUCAAGAGAGUAUGAUGAGAUCAUGACUAGUGAUAGUGGCGGCAUUUAUACGUUUAACGAUGAAAAUAUUCGUAGCUAGCGGAGAGUGAUGUUUGCAGUGUAUUGUAGCAAUUCGCAUGAAAGGGAAAUAAAACAAAUUGUUGUUGUGAUGCAUAGGAAGGUAUAGUAUAGACUGUGUCAGAAAUUAUAAAUACAUUUUGUUUAUUGAAUAAAAUGAACCAUUCUGAUGAUUUCCA